GACGGGGCCUACGGAUCAUGAACUCCGCAGCCGGUACUCCGGGGAGACUUUCGAUGUCUGCUUUUGCGAUGGAAUGUGCACAGCGACUGAGAAUUGGUUCAAGGUGGGCCAGUUGCGUUUUGCUCCCUUCCAGCCUGUCAGUGCGGCAUCGAACAUCUCGGUCUUGCAAGAAGAGUUCAUCCUUGAAUACAUGAACACACCUGGCACUUUUGGCUUCUACCGUCCAUGGAUCGACUACGGUGUCAUGGGCUUGCAGGAAGGAGGCGCACUGAAGCUGGUCUCGGAUCCUGAUCUGACCCUCACCGAUGCCGGUUGCGUCGCUGCCACGUACGACACCACUCUGGUCGACCCCAGUACGCUGACUAUACAGAACGCACCGACGGCGUACAGUGGGAGAACCAACGCAGCAACUGAUAUGAACAAGCUGGUCUUCAACAACGGGAUUCUCGCCAACACAAUCACCGUUAACAAGGCGGGCUUUAUCUCGGUGUGCUACUGUGCCCGGCCAGUACUUGACACUCCUGGAGUGUGCGCACACGACCAGUGGGUUUUGGUGAAUCGUCUUACAAUUCGAGGGCCGGGUCCAGGGCAGAGUUGGACUGUCUCCACAAAUGUAGUAUUCCGGAUCGAGUACACCGGGUGGGGCCUGGCGAAGGAUGACAAAAUCCGCAUCAUUCCAGCCACCUCCCAGUGCUCGGAUGUGAACGGCAACCCGCGAGCUGCCUGGGGCGUCACCAGCAUCAAGGUGGGCUGCCCCCAUCCGUGCUCCGAGGUUGGCGAGAUCAACGAUGUCCUGAAUGGAGACAUCUCGGUCGGCGUGCUGGCAGCUGACACGUAUAUGUGCGAUAUUCAGAAUGCUGACUGCAGAACCAACGACAUCAAGGCUGUCACAGUGCUUGAUGACUCCACCACAGAACUCGAGUUUGAGGCGUCCUCUGGACUCUCAGAUGGUGAUCUCAUCACAUUGGGCGAAAAUUUCGCAUGUGCUCCUGGACAGUCAAACAUUGUUUGCAAUGACGAGCGUCUAUCCGUCCUGAGGGGUCGGUACGACUUGGCAGAUAGGCUCGACAACCACAACUCGGCUCCGAACGAAUACAUUUCAGGCCAUGCGGUGACAGUGAACCCUACUGAUCCAAAGAAGGUGACCAUCCGCGUUGGCUGGCCAGAUCCGAAGUCCGACCAGUGUAGCCAGGAGUUGCGUGCGGCGGUCUCCUACGGUGCAGUGGAGCCGGUAGCUGCCGCCCUUCGCGCAGGAGCAAGCGUGCAUGAGCCUGGACCUGCUGGUGGGUGGUUGCCAAUACACACAGCUGCCUCACUUGGUAAUUUGGGAGUUCUGAAGCUUCUCAUAGAGCAUGAGGCAGAUAUUCACGAAGCAACUUCCAGGCUUGGUGCACAGCCGAUCCAUCUGGCAGCCAAAGAGGGCCACCUGGAAACGCUGGAGUACUUGCUGGAGUUGGGGGCCGACAUCAAUGCCAAAGACAGGAAUUGGAAGACACCUGUCAGUCUCGCCUGCCAGAAGGGGCACUUGGAGGUAGUAGAGUUUCUGGCAGACUUCGACGCGGACCUGACAGCCUGUGAUGAGGGCAGAGCAACACCUUACGAUUGGAGUGUCUGUGGACUUUCCUACAUUAGCGACAAAUAUGAGACUUAUGAAAAGAUCUGUGAAUCCCUGAGGAAGCGUGGUGCAAAGGUGCAGGGAGCGAAUCUGGGACCGCUCGAUCGUUGCCCCUACCCAUCGAGCCGUGGACCUGCAAACUGCUAA